AUGCUGCAGGCAGCAUGCACGCGAUAUGGGAUACUGUUCGAGCCGACAGAUUUCAAGAGCAUUCUCUGGGAAAAGCUAUCGGCGUACAUUGAAAAGCACAUCCAGCCUCAAGUAGUCCAAAUGGCAAUCGACAAGGACCAUAGAGUCGUCUUCAGCCCCCCCUAUCACUCCGACUUGCAACCAAUUGAGCUGGUGUGGUCGAAUGUGAAAGGACAUGUUGGUCGUCGCUACACUGAUGGUACGGGGCUUGCGGAUGUGAAGGAACGACUCGAAGAAGCGGUCGAAGAAUUGAAAGCCAGCACUAUUCAAGGCUGUAUCAAAGCUGCAGAGGGGAAUUUGCAGAAGCUGUACGAGCAUUUGCUGGCAAUUGACGGCUUACAAUCCGACGAGGAGCCUUCGGCGCAGAGUGGCAGUGACAGUGAUGCCGAAAGCGAUUCGUUCCGACGUCACAAGCUGCAUCAGAGCGUGUUUGGAGCAUUUACGACUUCGUCCUCACAAAGCGCCGAGCCCGACUGA